CGGAGAGUUAAUCUCACAAUCUGUGAUCCGAGCUUGGAUCACGCCGCGCGCAUCCGAACUUCGGGCCAUGCCUUAACCUCGACUCAGAACUUCCUGACAGGUCAAUUGAUUUGCUGCCCAAUUUCUCUCGAGGACAUUCGACCGCCUCUCUGUUUACGCCGUCUUGGAUCUACAAUUUUGUUUCUCUGGUUCCAGCUCGAAUCAGAACACAUAUAACUUUGUGUCACGCGAUCUACCGAAUUGAUCUUCAGUCAUGGUCAAGCCAUCAUCAUGGCUACGAGGCAAGGGCCUAUCCAGCAAGGCGUCCUCGAAGUCGCUCAACAAGCUGGAGGAGGAGUCCGCAUUGUCGACAACUAUGGAUGCUAUGAACUGCAUCAUGGCCGAUGAUCUGGAGCGCGCAAAUCACAUCUUGAACCAAACUGAGCCAAAAUCGGCGUUUCCUGCACUCGGGCGUGGUGUUUUGGCCUUUCUGUCGGCAACCCUCGGUUUUGAAGCUGAUAUGAUCAAGGAUGCUACUGAGAAGCUCAAUCUGGCAGAAGCGACAGCUGUCAGAUAUCGAUUGAGGGCCCAGAAAAGCCGUCACAAAGCCAGCUCGUUCCCUCCCGGUACUGAAUACUAUGUGGCGGUUGCCGAAGCCCACCUCAUGGGUGCUGUCGUGUUAUUUCUGAGCGAGAGUGCGAUCUCUAGUGUCAAGUCGUUUUACAAGCUUCGCAGGGCCUACCAGAUUCUUGCUGAGAUUUACAACAGCAACCUCGACGAAGGGAGCGAGGCUAUCGCUGCACCUCCUCCUGACAAGCACUCUGAAGAAGGGGCUUCGGUACCUGGUUCUGGAGAUGGCAGUGAGAAUGAGGAAGAUGAAGAAGAUAUUGCCCAGUCUUUGGAGGCUUUGGAUCUGGAUCUAUCCAACGAUCAGGAGCUAGAGCAUGCUGAUCUCGAGAAUCUUGAACAAAUAGUCUCUGAAAAAGGCCCUAUUCAACCAGCUCCCAAAUUCAAACCAUUUGCAACUUCAUUGGCAAAGUCUUCCGGAGAAUCGGCUGUCAUUGAUGAGUUUGUGAAAUCGGGUGUCAAUCUUUGCUUCGGAGUUUUGCAGUUAGUUAUAUCAAUGAUCCCUCCAGUUCUCGGAAAGGUCCUUUCGAUCAUUGGUUUCAAGGGAGAUAAAGAGUCCAGCAUCUUGAUGCUUUGGGAGGCAUCGAAGUCAGAGAACAUCCACGGCGAUCUUGCCCUCUUGACCUUACUACUCUAUUAUACGGGACCAGCGCAAACUUGUGAUAUAGAGGUGGAAGGCGCGUACCCUAAAGAAAGACUGAUUGCAGCGUUGGAGAAAACACGCAAACGCUUCCCGAAUAGCGCACUGUGGCUCCUGCAGGAAUCCCGUAUACAAGGCAUGAAUGGACAUCUUCCUGAGGCAAUCCAGACUCUGCAGACACCAAUGAAAAUCCAGAUGCGACAGAUGGAGGCUCUCGUGGUCUUUGAGAUGGCCAUGGGUUACCUGGACAUGCACGAGUAUGAGGAAGCGGCUCGCAAUUUCAUUUUGAUGACACACCUCAAUACUUGGUCGCAUGCGCUCUACCAUUACGUUGCUGCGGCUUGCUAUGUUGAGCUUUAUAGAGCUGAGAUCCGAUCAGACAAUCCUGACCCAGCUAAGCGGGACAGAUACAAAAGGAAGGUCGACAGGUUUCUCACAGACGCUCCUGGCUUGGUUGGCCGCCGUAAGGUCAUUGGCCGUCCUAUGCCGCUUGAGCUUUAUCUGACUCGCAAGAUAGCCAAGUGGAGGUCUUGGAUGCCUGCUAAUGACAAAUCUGCAAGUAUUGUGGAUUACGUCGGAGGCAGUCCGGCAAACGAGAUUAUGUACAUUUGGAAUGGCUAUAAGCGGAUGCCUCGAGAAAAGUUAGUCCAGUCGCUUCAGGAGCUGAAUUAUUUCCACUUGGCAAAGCCAUCUGAUGUCGAUGUGAAGGCGGUGCCUGAGCGCGAGACGCCAUUCUUCAAAGAAUACGCAAAGACGAUCCCGCAGAUAGAGGAGGUAGAUGAGCUUGCAGUGAGGAGCUUACUGCAAAGCGUUGUCUUGCGUCAUCUGGGUGAACAGGAAGCUGGAUUCAAGAUGCUGACGGAAGAAGUGAUGCCUGUACAGAGACCACAAGUGAAGGGCAAAGAAGACUGGGUUAUCCCAUGCGGUCUGUAUGAGCGAGCAGUAUUCGAGUGGGUGACCAAGGGGAAGCAAGGGAAGGAGGAAACAGAAAAGUGGCUGACCAAAGCGGCCAAUUACGGCCACGAAUAUGAGCUCAGCACAAGAAUGGGAUCACGAGUCCAGACGGGUUUAGAGAUGUUGAAGAGCGCGUAGGGCUCUUUUGUGAAUUAUAUAUAGAGUGGAGUGGAUUGAGUCCGCUAAGUGUCAAUAUUGAUGUACAUAUGGUGAAAUGUUGCGUAUCAUAGCUACAGGGAUCAAAGCAAUAUUAAAGAUAUUUUUUAUAUUUUUUAUAUCUUAGAGGCUCCAACUGUAUGCCGUAAUUCGAAA